AUGGUGAGUGAAUCUCAGUUGGUGAAACGUUUCGCUGAACUUUCCACGUCGCAGCAAAGCGUGGAAACGUUAUCGCUGUUUUUUAUGCAUCAUCGUCGACAAUCUCAAACGAUUGUUCACGUUUGGGCGAAGGAAUUAGUUAGUGCUUCUCCAGAUAAAAAGAUUGCAUUUCUUUACGUGGCUAAUGAUGUUAUACAGCACGACAAACGAAAAGGUGGUGAAUUUGUAAAAAAUUUCCUACCAAUACUGCCUUCAGCUAUACAGCAUAUCGUCAGCCAACUCAACGAUGAAAAUAUUCACAAAACAGUAAGGCGAAUCAUCAACAUAUGGGGUGAACGACAAAUCUACGAACCUGAUGCGAUUAAACUAUUGAAAACAAGUUUCGAGAGUGGGAUUGACAAAAAGAUCUCAGAUGAUGAGGACGAUGAAGAACAAACUAAUGGUAGUGGCAAACGUAAACUGAAUGAUCCAUCGUCUUCUGGAAGUAAUUCCAAACGACGUCGAAAAGCCAAACGUAAACUAUCACUUCGCGAAGAGAUUCGGCGUGAUCUAACGAUCAGUCCUAUUCCUGUCCCGCUCGUCGAUGAAUUAGUCAAAAUGUUACAGGAACUAGAAAAUUCUCCAUCUUCAGAUGCUGAUGUACGUGAGAAGAUCGCUGCAUUACCGAUCGAAGUUAGCGAUUCGAAUCUAUUAAAAAAUCUUCGCGAUAAACAAGAAGCAACUGAUUUGUAUAAACUCGUUCAAAUGGCACACGGUCUACUCGAUGAAUACAAUCUUCGCUUGGAAAGUGAAUUACGUUCACGUCGUCAUACCGCCAAAAUAUUACAAGCCUACAUCCAAGCCCAGGAACGACAAAUCGAAUAUGAAGAGAAGAACUUAGAAGAACAUAAAAGUAAGCUCGUGAAAUUGCAAACAAUUGGCGAAGAAAUCGAGAAACACCGAAAAAAUAUGCCACAAGAUGUAAAUAAUAUUGACAUGGCACCCUUACCAAGUGCAGGAGAUCUGUUUGCAAGAUAA